CUGACUUCCCUUACAACCCUUUGCACGUCGCACGAGGUCGCAAUAUUCUCGAUCUGAUGUGACCCUACAGUAUGUGACUAAGGAACACAGUUUUAUCCCUCUUUAAUCGGUUUUAAUAAUGGAAAGACACUUAAUGGACUCUCAAAUCAAAGGAGUUAGCACAGGCACCACCAUCUUGGCGGUGACGUUCAAUGGAGGGGUCAUCAUUGGCUCAGAUUCCAGGGCGUCCAUUGGAGGGUAACAUGCUGACCACACCGCUCGUGUUACAUGCGCGAGCGAGCGCUGCAAAAUAAAUGUACACAUACAUGUUAUUCAAUCAUUGCAUUCAAACUGCUCACGUGCGUCAACAAACGUCUGCGUAGCCAGGAGCUAAAAUAGAACUUGGUUCUAUUUGUGACGCUUGACCCUCUGCAAGUCCCGCCUCUCCCAUCUCCUCAUUGGUUUUUUGGAGCAUAUACCCACGUGGGUGAUUGAAAGAUGAACUGAGGUCCACACUCCAGUCCAGUUGGUGGUGGUAAUGCACCAAGUUUGUUGCCAACCGCCAUAUAAAGUCUGAAGAAAAAGAAGAAGACUGAAGGAGGAGCGAUUACUAGAAACUAACUUGUGUACCCUUUUAUCUGUGGAUUAAUGGUCGGAGUAGAGGACCUUGUGCAUUUCAGGUACUACGUGUCCUCUAAGACCAUCAACAAGCUGAUCCAGGUCCAUGACAGGAUAUUCUGCUGCAUCGCCGGCUCCCUGGCAGACGCUCAGGCCGUCACCAAGGCUGCCAAGUUCCAGAUCUCCUUCCACAGUAUUCAGAUGGAGUCCCCUCCUCUGGUGAAGGCAGCAGCGUCCGUGUUGAAGGAGCUGUGCUACAACAACAAGGAGGAGCUGCAGGCCGGCUUCAUCACUGCAGGCUGGGACAGGAAGAAAGGGCCACAGGUUUACACAGUGGCCCUGGGCGGUAUGUUACUCAGUCAGCCAUUCACCAUCGGAGGAUCAGGCAGCACAUACAUCUACGGUUACGCCGACGCCAAAUACAAACCUGACAUGAGCAAAGAGGAGUGCCUGCAGUUUGCUACAAAUGCUCUUGCCCUGGCUAUGGGCAGAGACAAUGUCAGCGGGGGUGUGGCACACCUGGUAGUGAUCACGGAGGAGGGGGUGGAGCAUAUUGUCAUCCCUGGAGACAAGCUGCCCAAGUUCCACGACGAGUAGUGACACUUCAAUCAGCCAAUCAGCUGUGACACUCUGUGAGAGGAAUUUGGAACCUUCACCCAGCCAAUCACUGUUGUUCAUACUGUACAUGCAGCAUUUGGUGUUCAUAGGCCUAACUAUUCACAUCAGUUUUGGGACUGUGGUUAGAAAUAAACACUAAUGAUUUCCAAGAGUUCAAUGUGAGAAUCUACUCUGCUCCUGUCUAUGUGUUUUCUAAUCCACACUGUGUUCACUUUGUUUCUGUGCUUUAUAUAUAUUUUUUUAUCUGAUGACCUUUGUAUGGAAUCCAUCAAAUCAAAGUAAAAAAUAUCUUUACA